AUGGCAUUAGAUUUUAGAGGUAAAGUGAUUAUUGUGACUGGAGCUGUCAGAAGUAUCUGUAAAGAGCAUUGUAAUUACUUUACUGAUAAGGGAGCUUAAAUUAUAGUUAUAGCAUAUAUAAUAAUCUAUUUAAAGAGAAGAUUUAUCAUAAAUCAAUUUUAAUAAUAGAUGUAAAAAAGAUAGUAAAAAUUAUAUAUUGGUGAAUGA